AUGGGCAACGCGGGCAGCAACGGCGGGGGAGGCGGCCCUGGCCACCGCCGCCGGAGCUCCGGCCACGGCCACGGCCACCACCACCAGGCGCCGCCGCCCCCGCAGCAGCCGGAGGCCGCGCCCAACCGCUACGUCUUCGCCGCCGCCACGCCCUACCCGCCCCAGUACCCCAACCCCAACCCGCCGCAGUACUACCCGCAGUACGGGAACUACUACCCGCCGCCGCCGCCGUCCGUGCAGGUGCCCCUCCCGGCGCCCUAUGACCACCACCACAGGGGCGCCGCGCCGCCGCCCAACGUGCCCCCCACCGAGUUCCCGCCCUCCGUCCACUCCCACCACUACCCCGGCUGGGCCGGGCGGUACCCUUACGGGCUCCAGCCGCCCAUGCCCACGCCCUACGUCGAGCACCAGAAGGCCGUUACCAUCCGCAACGACGUCAACCUCAAGAAGGAGACGCUCCGGAUUGAGCCUGAUGAAGGCUGUCCCGGUUGCUUCCUCGUCGCCUUCACCUUCGAUGCCACCGUCGCUGGAAGCAUGACUGUCUACUUCUUUGCAAAGGAAGAGCUCAAUUGCAAUCUAACAGCAAUGAAGCCAGACUUGAUUAAGCCUGUUACUGUUAGCUUCAAAGAGGGUCUUGGCCAAAAGUUUAGGCAACCUUCUGGGACGGGAAUUGACUUCUCAGCGUUUGAGGACUCUGAGUUGUUGAAACAGGGGGGAAUGGAAAUAUAUCCACUUGCAGUUAAAGCUGAAACAACACUGUCUGCUGAUCAACCAUCGGAGGGGGAAGACCAGAAGCCAAAAACUCCAAACUCGCAGAUCACACAGGCUGUGUUUGAAAAGAAAGAAAGUGGCGACUAUCAAGUACGAGUUGUUAGUCAGAUCCUUUGGGUGAAUGGCACCAGGUAUGAAUUGCAGGAAAUAUAUGGGAUAGGAAACUCUGUGGAAGGGGACACUGAUGCAAAUGAUCCUGGGAAAGAAUGUGUCAUCUGCCUCUCAGAACCUAGGGAUACUACUGUCCUUCCAUGUAGGCAUAUGUGUAUGUGCAGCGAGUGCGCCAAGGUCUUGAGGUACCAGACCACCAGGUGCCCCAUCUGCCGUCAGCCGGUCGAGCGGCUGCUGGAGAUCAAAGUUAACAACAAAGCCGAAGAGCCGCCCCAGCAGACGUCCCAAUCGCCUCCGCUACCUCCACCCCCUGCUCUGCAUCAGGAAGAGUGUAUGUAA